AUGGCUAUCAAACUUGCAAGUCUUGUCUCAGUAGUACUUUCGCUGGGGAGUCUUGCCCUGGCGGACCCGAUUCCAGCCACCGACUAUGAUGUGAUUGUCGUGGGGGGUGGCCCCUCGGGCCUGAGUGCGCUGAGUGGUGUCUCUCGUGUGCGACGCACUGCGUUGCUCUUCGAUGACCAGCGAUACCGAACACCACCGGGAGAGUUCCGUGCCUUGGCCCGCGAGCAGAUCCUCGAGUAUCCAACCGCCUCAAUCGUGAACCGAUCCGUCCUUUCAAUCACUCCUAUUGGCACAGACAAGGUCUCUGCUUUUUCUGUCAUGGAUGCAGAUGGACAAAACCACACAGCCCGUAAAGUUGUCCUCGGCACUGGUUUACGGGAUGUGCUCCCAGAUACUCCUGGUUUGAGGGAAGCUUGGGGCAAAGGAAUCUUCUGGUGCCCCUGGUGUGAUGGAUACGAGCAUCGCGACCAAGGAAUCGGCAUCCUGGGCCAUUUGGCCGAUGUUGUCGGAAGUGUUCUCGAGAUCAACACACAGUACUCGGAUAUCGUUGCCCUCGUCAACGGUACGCAGACCGCUGCCGGCGAGGCAGAGACCGAGAAAAGGCGCCCGGAAUGGAAGAAGCAACUGGAGGUCUGGAACGUCAAGCUGGACAACCGAACCAUUUCUUCCAUCGAGCGACUUCAGGAUGGGGGAAUGGUUCAGGAUAAGGCCGACCACCGACAAUUCGACAAUUUCCGGAUCAAUUUCACCACUGGUGACUCCGUUGAACGCAACGCACUGCUGACCAACUUCCCGACUGUUCAGCAAUCAUCUCUGCCUGGGCAACUCCACCUGAACAUGACCAAAGAUAAGAUUGCUGUCAGCUCUUCCAGUAUGAUGACCAGUCUGGAUGGGUUGUACGCUGUGGGUGACGCCAACAGCGACGGGAGCUCCAACGUCCCCCACGCCAUGUUCAGCGGUAAAAAGGCUGCCGUCUACCUCCAUGUUCAACUAUCCCGCGAGGAUACUGCAUCCAAGAUCUCCAAGCGUACUGGUCUCAGUCCUUCCGAGCUGGAAGAGGAGGCCCACCGCGCCAUUGGACGAAACCUAGAGCCGCAAUGGGAUGCGGUCAUGAGCAGACGCUAA